AGUUUUGUUUGUUCGAAAAUUGGAUAAUUAUGUAUCGAUUUUACCGUGUUUGUGUGGGCCAUUGGAUCACUUCGAAUGCAGGUAGGAAUUCUCUUAUUUCUACAUUAAAUACCACGACUAUCGCCGCUAGGGAAAAUUCUUAUGAUACUAUUCGGCCACGUAGAGCGAUACUUUACGUUCCAGGACAUGACAGAAGAAAAAUAGAAAAGUUGCAUAGCCUUAAACUAGACUGCGCUGUACUUGAUUGCGAAGAUGGCGUUGCUGUUAACAAGAAAUCUGAAGCUCGACGUGUAAUAAGUGAAAUUGCUUCCACUCAUAAUUUUGGUAAAACUGAAUUUGCAGUCAGAAUUAACUCUCUCGACAGUGGUUUAGCAGGUGACGAUUUGGAUGAGAUUUUGACAUCUAAGAAAAUUCCUGAUACAUUAAUGGUGCCAAAAGUAGAUAGUGUAAAGCAUGUAGAGUGGAUAAAUGACACACUUAAAGUGCAUUGGAAGUCACUAAAUCUUCAGAAUAAAAUAAGCCUUAUACUUUUCAUUGAAACUGCCAAAGGUUUAUUAGAUCUGAGAAAGAUAUGUGAAAGAGCAGUUAACCUUUCCCAAGAUAGUAUAUUUAGAUUCGAGGGUCUUGUGUUUGGAUCAGAUGAUUUCUGCGCUGAUAUUGGUGCUACACGUAGCGAAGAUGCUGUAGAAGUUCUUACUGCAAGACAGAUUAUUGUUUUUACGUCAAAAGCUUUUAGGCUUCAAGCGAUAGACAUGGUGUACAUUAAUUAUAAAGAUCUGAUUGGUCUAGCUAAAUCUGCUAAAGAAGGCGCAGACAUGGGCUUCACUGGGAAGCAAGUUAUUCAUCCAAGCCAAGUGACUGUUGUACAAAAAGCUUUUUAUCCAUCUCCUGAGAAAAUUGCAUGGGCCAAAGAACUGAUAACACUAUUUAAGCGACAUCAGAAGGACGGUAAAGGAGCAUUUAACUUCCGUGGUUCCAUGAUUGAUAAACCUCUGUUAUUGCAAGCUGAGAAUAUCGUAAAAGUAACAGAAUCUCUCGAUGAAUAACUAAAUUUAUAUAGUUUUCCUUAUACAUCCUGUAAAAUGUAUUUUUGCAUCAUAUUGUAGAAAAUCUGGGGAAAAUAUUUUAUUACUUACAUAAUUUUAAGAAGAGUUUUGAUAUUUUUAAUAAAUAUUUUAAUACUUAUGGUUCAUGAAA